GCUGACCGGCCGGCGAUGCAGGACAACCCAGCAGGGCCCGAAUCCGGUUACCGGUCGCCACAUGGCCGCUGUACAUUGUCACGUGGCCCCUGUACAGCCCAGCAAAACUUUCCUUGUCAGAGCUUUGAAGAAUUUACGGGUCCUUAUCGGUGCAUACCCCUUAGCGAGCCCUUGCCAUGGAUUCAGGCUGGGGCGCACGCCCUGGAAGCCUAGGCCAGGCUGAGGCCCCCCGAGCGUCGUGUAGUGUUGAUACCCUCGGCUGUGAGCUGCGGCGGUCUCUGGACAUGGACCGGACCGGCGCCCAGAAGGGUCCGCAAGGGGGCCUGCGUAUCGAAUAUGAUGGCGCGCGGGCGAACGGGGCUGCGCAGCAGGCAGUGCGCACCGUGCCAAUUGACCUCGCGCUGCUUCGGGAGCACUGGACCGUCAAGGCGCAACCUUCAGCGGAUUCCAAAGUGGGCGAAGCUCAGCCAUGUGCAGCACCAGGGCUUUCAGCCGCUCAGCAGUCGAUGGCGCCCGGACCCAUCGCGAGUAGUGUGGUGGCCCCGCCCCCGCACUCCAAGCCGCUGGCGCCUCUCCCGGGGGCGUCGCACAUACACCCGUUGCGCCUCUGUCGCAGCGUCAGCGUACAGGAGCUCCCUCACACCGAGAGCCUUGCCGCCGAGACCUGCGUGCGCGCGGGGGUGGCAGCGGGCAAGACCGACUGGCGCGUUCGGCUCGGCAGGCGCUCCGCCACCUCAUCCACCUACACGGACUGCUCCAGCCACGGGCCUGGCUCCUCGCCGGCUCCGUUCCUAAUGGUGUCGGGUGAGCCCAUGGUGGUAGGCACGGCGCCGUCGGCGCUGGGGACCACGCUGAGCAACGCCUCCUCGCCCUACGUCACCGCCAAGUCGGCCAGCAACGCGAUGCUGGGCUCCUCCGGCGCACAGCGCUGGACGCAGAGCGCACGCAACCUGUUUUCAGCGCUGCCGGGACUGUGCGAGGUGGGGCUGGGCGAAGCGGCGGAGGCCAAGCAGCAUGGCGGCCGCGGCGGCGAGCCCAUCGAGAAGCGCGUGUGGGGCGGCCGGCUACUGCGGAGCCAGAGCAAGGAAGCGGGGACACUGAUGUCGAUGCUGUCAGUGCUGGACAGCAUGGGGGCGCUGCCGCUCACACCGCGCUCCGAGAUCGACGCCAACACGCCCCUCAGUGGCCCUGUCACCGGCAACGGCCUGAACCUCUCCGGCGGCGUUGCCCCCGCCACCCCUCCGUCCGCCAGCGGCCUGACGUCCGUCAGCGCCUCUUUGGGCGGCGCCGCCACCUCGGCCGGCGCCGGCAGCAGCAGCGCCGUGAACAUCAUGGAGCUGUCGCGAAGCAGCUUUGGCGCGGCCGCCGUGUUCGGCCUGAACCGCCUGUCCUCCCUGGACUCAUGCACACUCCACCAGCUCGACCGCGCGCUGAGCAGUGCCUCCCUCGAGGCCGCUGCACACGCCGCUGCCGCCAGUGUGCACGCAGCCACCGUCCACGCCGCCAGCGCCGCGCGCGCCGUGCAGCAGGCCGCCGCCGGCAGACACACCAACGGUGGCAUGAACGGCCACGCCGUCACCGGAAAUAACGGUCACGCCGCCCAAGGCUGCGCCGCCAGCCCCACCGUUGGUUCCAGCUCCUCCUCUGUCGGGCUCGCUGCGUCCACUCCCACGCGUGGCGUGUCGCUGUCCUCCCUCUCCAUCCUCAACAGCCUGCCGGCCAUCCACAAGGUCCGGCCGGUGGGCUCUGUCACGUCCAUCUCGUUGUCCUUGCCGGCGGCGACCGCCGCGGGUGGCGGCCUCAGCGGCGCCGUCGCAGCUGGCGGCGGCGGCGGCGGGCCCGUGUCCUCCUCGACCAUGACGCGUCAGGACUCGACGCUGUUCGAGUUUGCGGAAGAGCAAGUGUCGUUGGCGGCCGCAGCUGUGGCGGCGGCACACGUCGGCGGCAGCGUCAGCGGCGGCUGCGGGUACUACAGCAGCGGCCUGAGCGGCUUUGUCGGCAGCUGCGGCGGCGCUGGCACUGGCGCGAGCAUGUACACGCACCUCACCACCGCGGGUGGCGGCAAGGGCCAGGUUGGCGGCAUGCCGACUGGAGCCAGCGGCGGCGGCGAUGGCGGGCUGUCGGGCCCAAACGACUUUCUUGUGUUGAUGUCUGCCAACUCCUCCCACGGCGCCUCCGUCAGUGCCAGCCCCAACAACCACCAGACGGCGGUGUCGCUGGCGGCGCUGUUAGCGGCGAACCGCUCCAGCGGUGGCGGCGCCGCCGGGCUCGCCGUCAGCCCCAGCGGCUUCGCGACGGCGGGUGCCGCAGCGGCACAAUCCUCCUUCUCCUCGGCAGCGCAGCUGUGCGGCACGCCGGGUGCCGGUUCGGGCCCCAGCUGCAUUCGCCGCUUCCUCGACCCCAACACAGGAAGCGCCGGCAUCACCACCACCACCACCACCACGACCACCACCGUUGUGUCUCCCCGCGCAGUCGCAGACCGCGCCGCUGCUGCCGCGGCCAAGUCCACCGCCGCCCCAGCCGCCGCCUCACCCGCCGCGGGCUCGGUCGGCGCCUACGUGCCCAAAAUAAAGACCGCGGCGGCGGCGGUGGUCAUGCCGCUCAGCCACGGCGCGCCUGACAUGCGCGCCUUCGCCUUCAGCAGCCCGGAAGACUUCUUCGCUGCCGCUGCGGUGUUGAUGGACGUCCAACUGCCCUCGGGGUCAUCCGAUUCCAACAAUGCCGCUGCCUCUGCCGCGGCUUUGGCGGCUGACGCCGCCGCUGGUGAGGACACACGCGCGUCGCACUCUGCAACAAGCACUGCGACGCUGGGCACCGCUGCCACUCUGACAACCCUCGGCAGCAGCAGCAAGGGCCUGUUCAGCGCCGCUGGUUCGUCUGUGAGCCCGACAGGCGGGGCGCAGCUGGCUGCGGAGGCAGAGGCGGCCGCGGAGGCAGAGUGCGGUGCUGACGCGUGAUGUGGCAUCAAGGGCCCCUGUGGAAGUGGCGGCACGUCAAGGCCGCGUUGGCGUUGAAAUGAUUCGGUCUGCAUGAGCUCCUACUAGUCACUGACAAACACGCCAGCAACAACAAUACCACGGAAGCUGCCAUCGGCUGAGGACAGCAAUAGCAACUGGGAUACUAGGACCGAAAACGACGGGCGCCAGCGGUGCUGGUACUUGUGGCGCUGCCCGUACGCCCUUUCCAUGCCCAAAUCCGAACAGCUGCUCGGGAGUGCUUGCAGAGAUUCAUUUAUAUAAUUAAUGUUCGCGGUCUUUGACCGGUACUGUUGUGGUGGGUGCGCGAUGCUUGAUCGGGCAAAGGCGGCGCCGUUGAAGAAGUAGUUUUGCGUUUUCCGCAUCAUGGAAAGCUGAAGGUUCCAGAGAUUGUGUUGUGUGCGAACCUGGCAUGCGCGCUGGGCUCUUGAUGGCUGCUGGGAAAGUUACCGUCGUGUGACACCGUGUCAAGCACGGUGACAGUGAUUUUCGGCGCAUCGGAGCGCAGGAUUGGAGUCCUGUUGUAUGGUUAUGAACUACGACCUGGUUAGUUGUCGCUUUGGAUGGUCCUGGGUCCGCGACAUAGAAAACGCCUGUGCAACGGCGCGUGCCAAGUCACAAAAGGCGAGGCUGCCGUCGCAAUGUAUGGACAGCCGCAUAAACCUACGAAAUGACGGCUGAGGGACCAGGACAUCUGGGUGGCUGUGGAUUUGUGUGUGGGCAUUCAGGUGAAGCCUCCACGUGUGAGAGCUGUUUGAGUAGCGGUUGGCUGGGCGGCAUCCGGACAUCCGCGAUAUUGGGGUGGCGCUAGUCCAUUUGAGCAAACCCGUAGCGUGCAGCAAGCUAUCUUUCGGCCGGACCUAAGGGCGCUCGUCAAGGCCCGCUUGUGUUCUUCCAAUUACGUGGACACAGGCAGGUAGGUGAAGGUAGCUGCGAGCUAGGCAGACCUUUUGCGGCGGAGCGGUGGUGACGGAGGGCAAGUUAGGCUACAACAAUCGGAGCGGCAUUGCGUGGGCCCUCGGGGCGCUGGCACAAGGGCAGGCGGCGCGCAAGAAGUACACAUACACACACCGCCCACUGCUGGCGGCGCGCUCCCGCCCAUACACACAUACACACGUGCCCGCCCUGUCCAGUGUCACUGUAGCAUUGCGCAAACGCACGGGCUGGGCAUUUUGCCAGCACAUAGGUCGCGUGGCAAGCUUGGGGCUCGCAGGGCGUCUUUGGGUUCGGGAUAUGUGCGCGCAUGCCGUGCGUGGCGAGAGCGAUGGGCGAAAGGGCUUGCACUGAUGGCGCGCACAACGCAAGGUCGGAUUGGCGUGUCCUGGUUUGGAUCUGUGCAUUGGCAUCGGCUGGACGUGCACGCGCCGGGACUUUAUUUAUAUACUCUUGUAUAGUGAGCUGCAUUGGGGCCGGGCCUCGGCUGGCGGCGCUUAGCGGGCGGAGGGGCUGCUUGGCUUGCAUUCUGCAAUUCCGCAAUCCUGCCAAGCAAGUUGUGAAUGUGCGUUCGCACUUGAGGAGGAAUGCAGAAAUCGAGCAUGGGAACGGGGUUCGGGCCUAUAGCGCAAGUGUGCAAUACACAUGCCAGCGCUCGCCUCAAGAGGUGUAAUGGAGUGUUCGAGUGUUGCGACAUGGCGCAGCCAGGUGAAUUGGCGGAGGGCAGUGAACCUUCCUGACAAACACAUUUAUCUUGUUUCCUUGGGCUCACUGCAGCAUGCUGCUGUGGAUGUGACGUUGAGCGGCGUAAAGUGAAUUCUUUCUCUGGCCGGAGUUACGGUUGUGCAUGUGAAGUGAAACUGCCAGGACGCUGGAACUGAACCCGAGGUGUAGAUUGCAUUGGUCACAGGGACCUGCUGGUGGCGUGGCAGCAACAAAGUCGUGGGGAGAAGGGCGACGUGUGUGUUGGAAGGGCGCUGGGGCACGUGAGGUGUCCGCUCGCCGGGUUAUUUCUGCAUCACAUUGUGGCCAAGAACUUGGUGUACUUACGACACACUACCUUUAAGUAACGCAUUAUGGCGGUUGUCAUUGCACUUCGCGCUGGGCGGCGAUGUAGUUCUUCCUGGCAUGCUGAAUGGAUACGUAGAACUGUGGUACCCGUAGCUCGGGGCCCGACUGUAGCUGCCCCUUGGGAUGUGUUCUCUCUUGAUAAGGGUAUUGCACAAUAAAUUUAUGCCGCACAGGCGUGCGUGGGGGUGGCACUGGCAGAACUGAGCGCACAUAUCACGCCCCCAUAUACGCACGCGGCAAUGUCGUUGCGUUGGUGGCAUGUGGGGGUGAGUGUGUGCUGCUGCCCAUGCACCUGGCGGGUCAAUACAUUGGUUGUGAGUUGCUAGUGUGCAGUUGGUUGCGAGGCAUUGGCACUGAAUUGUAUGGCAGUGGGUGACGUCGAUUGUCUGAGGGCUAGAGUGAGUAGGGAUUGACUGUGUCUUGACAACGGCCGAGGAAUGUGCGACCGCAUCCCCUGCGAAUGGCGACACAGACAAUGAUGUAAGGCAACCGAGGA